AUGACACUGUUACCACCGACGGUCGAGCAACAGAAACGCAUAAACGAGGAAGUUCCGACCGAGCCGGAAAUGAGGAAACGCGAUAUCGCCGCGAUACGCGGCUGGCUCGCGAAACAACCUCAUCUGCCUAAUCACAUGGAUGACGUUAGGCUGGAGAGAUUCCUCUUCGGUUGUAAAAACAGUUUGGAACGAUGCAAAUUGAUUUUAGAAAGAUACUUCAGCGUUCGUACAGCAAUACCGGAGUUCUUCGCGAUCCGUGAUCCUUUUUCACAGGAGAUCCAGGAAUGUUGCGAAGCAAUACAUUACUUCGUUUUACCGUCGUUGACAAAGGAUGGUCAUCGUGUGAGCGUUUUACGACUGCGAAACACCGCGAUAGAGAAGUUCUCUAUUCAGGCCAUCUCCAGAAGAAUUCUUAUGGUCUUAGAUGCACGUUUGAUGGAAGAACGGUGUCUGUCGAACAUCAUGGUCAUCGAUCUCCAAGGAUUCAGCGUGGUCCACUUCACGAAAUGCAGUCCAACGCAGAGUAUCGUGAGGAAAUCGAUGCUGGCGGUGCAGGAUAGCAUGCCACUGCGUCUUCACAGAGUUCACUUCCUCCAUGCACCAGCGUUUAUAGAGAAUAUUCUUAACAUAUUUUACCCCUUGCUCAAGGAACGACUCGUUCAAAAGUUUCGCGUCCAUACUGGUGGUGGAGAGGAGUUGUAUCCUUACAUGGACAAAGAGAUCCUGCCAAACGAAUGGGGUGGUCAUGCAGGCACCUUUGAUCAGCUGAAUGACGCAUGGAAGAAGAAAAUUGAGAAGAACAGAGAUUGGUUCCUCCGCGAAGAGAAGAUCAGUCGAACAAACGAAAACGCGAGACUUCCUGAAUCUAAAUCAAGGCUGCUGAUUGAACUGGAAGGAUUGCAAGGUUCCUUCAGACAAUUAAACAUCGAUUAAAUAAAUAGAGAAUUCUUAUUAAAUAAGAAUCUUCUGUUUUUUCUCUGGGAUAUAAAUGUACAAUUAUCUUGGAUCUUUCUAACUUUGCGAUAACCGACAACAUUUUGCGAAGUCCGCCCCUAGAUAGCGCCACGGAACAGUUCCAAAUCCACAGGCAAGCAUCAUCCAGGGUAAUUUCGCUGAAUGAAAGCUACAAUUAUCUAAUCUAACGAUCUAACGCGUCGCAUCAAAGCUGUUCCAUAUUGUAAUAUUUUGUAGAAAGUACAAUAAAUGUUUGUGUAACUCUAAUC